UCAUUUUAUCUUUGUACAAUUAUAAUACYUAUACUUAAUAAUUAUUAUAAAGUAUAGAAAUUUAAAUUUAAAUAUCGCGUUGUAGAAUUCAAACUUCCCUACCACAMCAAAAUGGAAACCGUUAUUGGGAUUAAGUUCAAUGAUUUCAUACUCAUCGCCACGGAUAUGACUGCUGCCCACAGUAUAAUGGUCAUGAAAGAUGACGAAGACAAAACGUACAACAUCACCAACAAUGUAGUGAUGGGUGUCACAGGUGAAGCAGGUGAUGUACCUAGAUUUGCAGAGUACAUCACUCAAAACGUCAAACUUUACCGCAUGCGKAAUGGUUAUGAUUUGUCCAUUCCAGCUAUUGCGACUUUUACUCGUAAAACUGUUGCUGAACACCUUAGAAGCCAAAGUCCUUAUCAAGUAAACUUCAUGCUCGGAGGAUAUAAUCCAACUGAGAAAAUCACAUUUAUACUUCAUUGAUUAUUUGGGRGCUCAGGUUGAUGUUCCUUAUGGUGCUCAUGGUUAUGGUGGUAUGAUGGCAAUCACAGUUAUGGAUCGUUACUACAAACCAGGUA